CCACAGGCCGCCAUCUUUAAAUCCAAGAUGGCGGCGCACCGGCGACCCUCCGCAACAAUAGAAGCUACAAUAAACUUCAGCGUUUCCUCGGCAAAAAGCACGUUUUCGAGCAGCGGUUUCCUCAUAGAUCGGCCUGUGUUGAGAUCCAAUCAAGACGAUCCAUUCCUGAUGAAUUAAUUGCACAUGUCCAUUGACCAAGAAUUUAGAUCCUGAGACAUUUGUUACCUGUUCUGAUGUCAAAAGGCCACAAGGAAUUAAUUCAGAAGAGCAGCUAUUGAAUGCCAACACCACAUGAAAUCACAAGCAGCACAAUGAGGAUUAGUUUAUGCCAGAUACUGCUGACUGGGGCAAUAUUGAUUAAUCUGGUGGUUCUUUACUAUGUCUCGAGAACCCAGCAGCAAAUGCUGAAGCACAAAGAACCAGGAAAGGCUGCGUCGCGGAGGUCAUCGGUUUCGCGAGUCGCUGGAAUCACCGUGUUGAUAAGACAGUUUGAAGACUUUGAGAAUUGGGUGGUGGGAGUUGUGAAGUCCUUCAUGAAGGUACGGCCAGAUCAGCCCAUCGUGGUGGUGGCUGACAAACUGCCCUACCCGCCGCUGGGCCUGCCCAACAAGCGGACCGUUCAGACAGUCCUGUUGAAGGGAUCCCCCGAUCAGCCACACUAUGUCACCAGGCCCGAAUUCUACAUCAAGACUGAGUACACCCUUUUGGUGCCAGAUGGAAUACAGCUGGACUCAACGCAGCAAGUCGAUCGCCUUCUUCAGGAGUUCGAGGCCAAUAAAGACAAGGCCCGGAUGGUCGCAGCCCCUGUUCAGCCUUCUGGAAUGUUCCAGUGUCUAAACCUACGGGUUAACCUGAAGGAAUGGAGUGCAGUUUACAGCCUCUCUGGCGGUCAGCUUUGUGAUGCCAUUGCCGGAGACGCUGUGGUUCUUCUUCGGACGGAAGACUUGUUCAACCUCUCCCAGCCUAUGCUGAGGCCGCUCGCCACCUCCCUCUUCAUCCAGUCCUCGCUGCACGGCUGGAGGGUGAAGGCGGCGGAGAGCGUGGUCUUCUCCUCGUACCCCCGCUCUCUCUACAUGUCGGCGCACAACCAGUGGAAGGCCGACAACCACGUGAAAGCCAGGCUGGCUCACCUCUUCGAAGAGUUUGGCGUGAAGCGCGUGGUCCAGGCCGACGGGAAGGAGCAGUGGUACGGAUGCACCAAAGACACACCUCGCUGCUUUGGCACCGUGCAUGACGACACGCCGGAGUACCUGUACCUGAACAGGUGGACUCCUCCUUGCUGCCUUAGAGCCUUGCGCGAGACAGCCAGGUACGUCAUGAAGAUCUUGGAGUCCUCGGACGUCCGCUACUGGAUGGAGGGUGGCACGCUCCUGGGAGCGGCGCGCCAACAGGACAUCAUUGCCUGGGACUACGACGUGGAUCUGGGAAUCUACUUGGAAGACGUGGACAAGUGCGACUUGCUACGGAGUCUGGACUCUGGCUCGGUUGUCGACGAGAACGGCUACGUGUGGGAGAAGGCGGUGGAAGGGGAAUUCUACAGAGUGCAGUACAGCGAAAGCAACCACCUCCACGUUGACCUGUGGCCCUUCUACUCCAGAGAAGGGAUCAUGACGAAGAACUCCUGGCUGGACCACAAGCAGGACGUCGAGUUCCCCGAGCACUUUCUGAAGCCGCUGGUGCCCAUGCAGUUUGCCGGGGUGACUGCUUAUGCGCCUAACAAUCACCGACGCUUCCUAGAGUUGAAAUUUGGUGAAGGGGUCAUUGAAAACCCAGAGUACCCAAAUCCUGCAAAGAAAAAGUUGGUGAAGUCGGACUAAGUGGAGGAUAUUGGUUAUCUCAGAAGGAGAUGUGGGCCCGUUACACUUAGACCAGGGGUUCCCAACCUUGUUCGUCCCGUUUACCCCUGGCUACUUUAAUAGCACAUAACAAUAUUAUUUCACCAUUAGUUGUUCAUAAAUAAGUGAA